AUGAGGUCGUUGGUUUUGUGUAUUGCCUUCGUGGCCAUAUUUAAUGGAAGAUGUGUGGAUUCUGCAAAGAUUUUGGGAAUAUUUCCAACUCCCUCGAAAUCACAUUGGAUUCUUGGAUCGGCACUCAUGAGGGAACUUGCAUUGGAUGGUCAUGAGGUCACGGAUGUCAGCCCAUUCAAACUUCCGAAUGCACCGACAAACUAUCGACAUGUGGAACUCGAAACUGAUAAGGAACUCUUCAACAAUAUCGUGAAUAAACUGUUCAACAAUCACAACGUGAAUCCCAUUCAGAAAAUGAUUACACUCUACACGGAGGUGAACUACUUCUCCAACAGUACCUUAAACUCUCCCAAUGUUCAAAAACUGCUCCAUUCCGGUGAAAAGUUCGACCUCAUAAUCUUGGAGAUCUUCCUGGAUCACGCCCUGCUGGGAAUCGCUGACCACUUUGGUUGUCCGGUGAUCGGAAUGACGACCCACGGAGUGCUGGAUUGGAUCAACGUCCUGGUGGGAACCCCACAACCUCUGUCCUACGUACCCCACGUGCACCUUGGCCUUACGGACCGAAUGAACUUUUGGCAACGAUUUGGCAAUGUUAUGUUUGAUGUUCUGGAUAAGACAUUGCUGGCGUACUACUUUCAUCCCGUUCAGGAGAAGCUGUAUCGGGAAGCGUUUCCAAACGCUAGCAGGUCGCUGGAUGAGAUGAUUAAGCACUCGGUGUCGGCAGUGCUGGUCAACAGUCAUUUUAGUAUUAGUUACCCACGUCCGUACGUGCCGAAUAUGAUCGAGAUUGGAGGGUUCCACGUCAAUAGGAAAGUUAACCCGCUGCCGGAGAACAUCCGCACUUUUAUCGAAAACUCCCCAAAUGGUGUGAUUUACUUCUCAAUGGGUUCGAACCUCAGACCUUCCGCUAUGGAGGCUCGCAAGCGUGACGCCCUGCUGAACGCCUUUGCCAAGGUAAACCAAUCCGUAAUCUGGAAGUGGAACGACGACAGCCUAAAGCUGGACCCGAGCAAGUUCCUCAUUUCCGACUGGCUGCCCCAAGACGACAUCCUGGCACAUCCCAACGUGAAGCUGUUCGUAACGCACGGAGGUUUGCUGAGCUGUACGGAAUCUAUCCACCACGGUAAACCAAUUGUGGGAAUCCCGAUCUUUGGCGAUCAGCAGCUCAACAUGGCCCGCGUGGAGCUGUCCGGAUGGGGCUUGCGGGUCAACUACGUAGAUCUGGACGAGGAAACGUUCCGCAAUGCGUUAACCGAAGUUCUCGGCAAUGCCAAAUACUCGCAGAACGUCGAAGCAGCGUCCAGACGGCUGCGCGAUCAACCCCUUCCGCCGAUGGAUAUGGCCAAGUACUGGGUCAAUUACGUGCUUCGCCAUGACGGGGCAGAACACCUCCGGUCGCCGGCUCAGCAUCUAAACUUUGUCCAGUACAACAACCUUGAUGUGUACGGAUUCGUCGUGCUGGUGUGCGCCCUGAUGUUCUUCGCAGUGAAGCGGAUUGUGCAAAAACUUUGCAGCUGUUUACGCAGUGCGCUACAGACGUCGCAUCGAGGCGGAAAGGGCAAGAAGAAAAUGAACUAAAAGUGGUCCAGCGCAAUACUUUUCCGAAGUACCGAAAUACCUCAGAAUGAUAAUCCAUUCCUAAACGUACUUUUCCAUAAAUCGACAAUAAAUAACAGAUGCAACCACCUCCGACUGCGUGUAUGCUAAGUACCGGCUUAGUAACGAUAUAUUAAUGCUCACAUGUGAUUACGUUCGGAGCAUUUUGGCGCCGCGUCCGUUUAGUGAAUCCAGGCAUUAGCAAUAUUGCUGAGUUCCUCUCAAAUAGUUAUCAUUAGGUUUUGGUGACGUUUUCGUUCUCACUAGUUAAUUCAUGCAUCUGUUUUUUUCUCUCUCUGGUGGAAAUGCUCAAAGUUGAAGAAGAGAAAAAAUGGAGGUUGAGAAUGGGUCAUAAACGGAUAAUUGCAGUUGGCAAAAUUGACGGUUCUUGCGGGAGUGAAUUCUGUAAUCAAAUGUUAAC